AUUACGCAACGAGAAGAAAAUUAAGUCGAGUAAACUGAAAUAAGAAAACGAGUACAAAUCGAACUUGGAGUUGUCAAAGCCAACCUCUCAAUGAAACCAACGCCAGUUUCCUCUCCAAUUAGCUUGUUUACAAUCAAUUAUUAAACUCUGAACUGAAUCCUAAACCCCAACCCAUGAGGCCGAUAAGGCUUCCAGAACCCCCCAGUCCCACCCGUGGUGUGCCGGAGAUCUUUUCCGGCGGUGCAUACUCUGUCAUCAGACGGGCUGUUAUUAUCGGAAACGGCUCUCCCGGUUCGGAGAAUCAGUCCCUCGGGUUGGUCCGCGCUCUCGGUCUCACUGAUAAGCACGCUUUAUAUCGAGUUACCAGGCCAAAAGGAGGAAUACAUGAGUGGCUUCAUUGGCUCCCAGUUUCUCUUCACAAAAAGCUAGAUUAUGUCAUGAGGCUAAUUUUUGGUUACUCAAGAGUUUUGCUGACAUCUCGAGGGGAGAAACUUGUGCCUUUACCUUUGGAAAAUGGCAGUGCAGGUUUAUCAUCUGUACUUGAAGCUAAUGUGAAUCAGAUUGUGACUAUGGCUCGUGAUACAUAUGAAAAGGAUGGCCCUUUACUGGUAGUUGCAUCUGGCAGAGAUACCAUUUCUAUUGCAAGCUCUAUAAAACGUUUAGCAUCUGAGAACGUAUUUGUUGUUCAGAUACAACAUCCUAGGGUACAUUUGAAUAGAUUUGACUUGGUGGUCACCCCUCGUCAUGAUUAUUAUCCUUUGAGUCCUGAAGCACAAGAGAAAAUUCCACGAUUUCUCCGGAGUUGGAUAACUCCACGUGAGCCUCCUGAGAAGAAUGUGGUCCUUACUACAGGAGCUUUACAUCAUAUUGAUUUUGCUGCAUUACGCAGUGCAGCAAGUGCAUGGCAUGACGAAUUUGCACCUUUGCCAAAGCCCUUAGUUGUGGUCAAUAUUGGGGGCCUACUGUGCCCAAAAUUUUUCACAGGCCAUUGUCGAUAUGGUUCAGAUCUUGCAAAGCAGUUAACGUCCAGUCUUCUCAGUGUCUUUGUGAGCUGUGGGAGCAUCAGAAUAUCCUUCUCUAAUAGAACACCUGAAAAGGUAUCAAAGAUCAUUAUCAAAGAACUUGGAAAUGAUCCAAAAGUUUACGUCUGGGAUGGCCGAGAGCCAAAUCCACACAUGGGAAAUUUAGCUUGGGCUGAUGCUUUUGUCAUCACCGCGGAUUCAAUCAGUAUGAUAAGUGAAGCUUGCAGCACUGGGAAACCUGUGUAUGUUAUGGGAGCUGAGCGCUGUACAUGGAAGUUUGCAGACUUCCACAAGUCUUUGAGGGAGCGAGGAGUGGUUCGGCCUUUUACAGGAUCUGAGGAUAUGUCAGAAAGCUGGAGCUAUCCUCCCCUUAAUGACACUGCAGAAGCAGCUAAUCGGGUGCAUGAAGCACUUGCAGAGCGGGGUUGGAGAUUACGACCAUAAGGAAUAUCUGUUUACAAGAUAUAGUCACACAGUGGAAUCAGAUUCUGUUAGAGAGGACAUUCCUUUGAAAAUUUGUUUUGUUACAGCACAUAUAGGAAUACCGACUGCAAGCAUCAAUAGCUGUCAGAUUGUAUUCUUUACCCCCCCAGGGUUUUCAGACAUGGCACAUGUAGAAUAAAGAGUAGCUUCUACUGCGGCUUGUAUAAAGAAGAGGGGCUGGCAUAUUUUUCCAGCUGUACUGAAAGACCUUCCAAAGUUUGGGUUUGACAGUGUUUUUGUUAUACCGAAGUGUUUGUUUAUGUAAAUGCAACUGUUUUACUGAAUUACACGAGUUUGAUGACACCAGAAGAACAAUUCUGAUAUGGUCAAAGGAAAUGCAAUUCAGAUAGCUACCGAUUUCUUUC